CUCUACGCGUCUUUUGCGGGACGGCGGUAGGAGAGGUACGCUAAGCGGGUUGCUCGAGGUGGGUGCCAGGGUGGGGUUCUGGGCGAGGCCUACGCACCCUCCUUUUCUUGGCGGGGGUCGGGUGUGCGGUCCCGGUCCCCGUAAUGUACGGAGGCAGAGGGAAAGGGCUCCGGCCCCCUCGGCGUCAUGUCUUCGGUGCCCGCGGCUUCUGGUCCGCCGGUUCUAUCCUCAGACGCCGGGACACGGGCUCCGAGAAGCGUGACGGAACCACGGUUCUGCAGGCUCCUCUCUGGUGUGCUAAUUUAGCCUUCUCCUUUGAUUUCAGGUCCUUGGAACCGUCCCUGGAGCCGGAGCUGUCGUGUCCCCUCCUCUUUUCACUGCCCGUUGCAAUCAAUAAAGGCCGUUCUACCCUAGUAGGCUCCUGCGGGAGUGCGGGCGACAUUUCGCAGAAGGUUCUCUGGCCGACCUUGCCGGGAUUUCCAGAUGGCCGCGCUGCGCCGAACCCUCCACGUGGCGACCCUGGCGGCUGGGGCGCGCCGCGCUUUGGCGGGAUUUGGAUGGAACUUGGGCGCUGGGUGACACACGUACUCCACUCGUCCACAGGCUCCCUGGCUGGUAGCUGCCUGGCCGACCGUCGCCUCUGGGAUAAGCUCCAUGCCGAUGCCGGUAGGGGCAGCGUCCCCACGUUCGAUUGGUUCUUUGGGUAUGAGGAAGCCCAGGGGUUGCUACUUCCGCUGCUGCUGGAGUCAGGGGCUGCCUGCCCACCAAGGGUGUUGGACGUGGGCUGUGGGACCUCCAGCCUGUGUACAGGCCUCUACACCAAGUGCCCACAUCCCGUGGAUGUGCUGGGGGUGGACUUCUCUCCUGUGGCUGUUGCCCACAUGAAGAGUCUCCUGGAAGGUGGUCAAGGCCAAACACCCCUCUGUCCUGGGCAUCCUGCUUCCCAACUCCACUUCAUGCAGGCUAAUGCCCAGAAUCUGGAGCCAGUGGCUUCCUCAGGCUCCUUCCAGCUAGUGCUGGAUAAGGGCACCUGGGAUGCUAUUUCCCGAGGUGGUCUGCCGGGGGCUUACCAGCUUCUGUCAGAGUGCCUCAGGGUCCUAAGCCCCCAGGGGACCCUGGUUCAGUUCUCAGAUGAGGACCCUGAUGUGCGGCUGCCUUGCCUGGAGCAAGGGUCCCCAGGCUGGACUGUGACUGUGCAGGAGCUAGGCCCUUUUGGGGGCAUCACCUACUUUGCUUACUUGGUUCAAGGCUCUCAUUAAAGACUUCAGCC